GGGAAAGCAAGAUUUGUACAGAUAUGAGUCAUGUAUUCUUUUUGCAGCCAAAAUAUGAUGUGAAGAUAUGUAGCAACUUGUGUAGAUGUAUGUCCAAGGAAAGAGGCAUGUUGUACUUGCAUUUGUAUGUUCCAAGGAAAAUAUGAAUAUUAAUCACAUGGCAGCAGCAGCCUCGGAGAUUAUUUGGCAAGGAUUGCGACUGUCUCUUGGUGGCUUCUUUUCCAAUUUUGAACCUCUUCAUUGCUGCCGGCAGGUGCAAAAAUGGAGCACGAUGGGGCUCGGAGGUACUGGUGUCACAUGUGCUCUCGAACAGUGAAUCCCAUUAGGGAGAUGAACUGCCCUCUUUGUGGGAGCGGCUUCCUCGAAGAAAUGCCUGACUCUGACCCUGACCCGCCUACCCACAAUGACCGCGUCCUCUCCCUCUUGGCCCCCAUCUUGCUGGGCUUCGUGGCUCGUCCCUUGAUGGAACCAGAAUCAGAGGAUCAUGCUACUGCUACUGCUGCUGCUGAUAAUGCUGAUGUUGAUAAUGCUGCUGCUGAUAAUGCUGAUGCCGAUCAACAACUGGUGACGAGGCAGAACCCCACCGGCAUCCUCCAGCUCCUCCAGAGCAUCCGAGCUGGAAUCCAGGCAGCUGAUCCUGAUCAUAAUCAAGACAGAGAAGGAGAAACUAGAGACGGACAGCGUGUGAUCUUGAUCAACCAAACGUUUGGCGACCAUAUCUUUGGCGCUGGCCUAGAUUUGCUGCGGCAGCAUUUGGCCGAGAAUGAUCCCAACAGGUAUGGCACUCCACCAGCGCAGAGAGAGGUGGUCGACACCCUGCCUUCUGUCACCAUCCAUCACCCAAUGCAGUGUGCUGUAUGUUUGGAACACUGCGAGGAAGGGGAGGAGCUUAAGGAGAUGCCUUGUAAACAUAAGUUCCACGACUCGUGUAUCAUGCCCUGGCUGCAGCUGCAUAGUUCUUGCCCUGUCUGUAACACAGCAGUUGCAGAUAACAGAACUACUGACAACGGGACGCAAUUCUCUGUUCCGCUUCUCUGGCCUUUCACUGCUUUGUUUUCACCUUCCACUUCCUCCCACCAUACUGAUAACUGAUUACUCAACAUAUUUUGUAACUACUCAAUCACAGGAAUAGGAUAGUCAACUACUAAGUAGCCUGUUUCUGUAACGCCAACUCUCACCAUUACUUUCAUAGGAGAGUGUAUUUGGUGACUGAAAACACCAUUAUAUUGGAAUUGGAAUGAUAUAUGUUCAUUUCAUCUGUAUACUACAACCAUGAUAGACAACCACCAUUUCUCAUAUUUAAGUUUGAAAUAUGCCAAAUUACAUUUAUUUCCAGGGUGCAAAAUGAAAUAACACCCUGUCAAUUGUGGUGAACAACACAAAAAGUCUAGCACCCACAUAAGGGGAAAAGAUAAGUAAAACAAAA